ACGCGCACACACGCUCGCUCACACACUCACUCACGCACAGUCACACACAGACUGAACCAGCCGAGAGAGGGAAGAAUGAGGAAGAACUCGCACGCACAUUUCAGCUCUCAUAGAUUUGCUGAUAAAGCAUCAGAUAUUUGAUCGCUACGGGUCUGUUUGGGGAAAAACAAACGCGUGUAUGGAAAUCGGAGAGUGCAUAAUACUCGCGUGGGUCUCUAAUCUUUUCUCCACAUCAUAUAUAAAAACCUAAACUAAUGCGAGCUGGGAUACUACUGACUGCUUCCGACACGCACUGUCGUUAACACUCCUACCGCUUUCCCUCAGACUUGCAUCUUUACGGAGUACCGUUACGCAGAAGUUUGUCACAGAGUAAAGAACGAUGAGGCUUCAUGAGACCUCCCCUCGCCUCUUCCUGAGCUUUCAGUGUCUUGUCGUCUUGGUGAUACUGCUCUUUAACGUCCACCAUGUGACAGCAGAACAUGCUCCGGACCAGAGCCAGGAUCAUAGUUCUCCUGCCAACAAGUCUUUGUCCUGUGGUGGGACUGUCAGAUGUGCACCUGGAGUCAUCCUUCCAGUGUGGGAACCUCCAAACCCUUCCUUUGGGGACAAGGUAGCCCGAGCCACGGUUUACUUUGUGGCACUGGUAUACAUGUUUCUGGGAGUUUCUAUUGUUGCUGACCGCUUCAUGGCAUCCAUUGAGGUAAUCACCUCACAGGAGAAGGAGAUCACCAUUAAGAAACCAAAUGGUGAAACGACCACGACAACUGUACGCAUCUGGAAUGAAACUGUGUCCAACCUCACCCUCAUGGCUCUGGGGUCAUCUGCCCCUGAGAUUCUGCUCUCGGUCAUUGAAGUGUGCGGCCAUAACUUUGAAGCUGGUGACCUCGGACCCUCCACCAUAGUCGGCAGUGCAGCUUUCAACAUGUUCGUCAUUAUUGGAAUCUGUGUCUACGUGGUGCCCGACGGAGAGCUUCGCAAAGUGAAACACCUGCGAGUUUUCUUCGUCACCGCCACUUGGAGCAUCUUCGCCUACUUGUGGCUGUACCUGAUCUUGGCUGUAAUCUCACCGGGCAUCGUCCAGGUGUGGGAGGGUCUCCUCACUCUUUUCUUCUUUCCGAUUUGUGUGGUCUUCGCUUGGAUUGCUGACCGCCGGCUCCUGUUUUACAAGUAUGUUUACAAGCGCUACCGAGCUGGCAAGCACCGCGGCAUGAUCAUAGAGACGGAGGGGGACCGUCCUCUGCCAUCCAAGGUGGAUAUCGAAAUGGAUGGGAAGAUGCUGAACUCUCACGCAGUGGACUUCUUGGAUGGAACUCUGGCUUUGGAACUGGAGGACAAAGACCUAGAUGAGGAGGAAGCUAGGCGUGAGAUGGCAAAGAUCCUGAAGGAACUGAAGCAGAAACAUCCCGAUAAAGAAGUGGAGCAGUUGAUUGAACUUGCUAAUUACCAGGUGCUCAGCCAGCAGCAGAAGAGCCGUGCGUUCUACCGAUGCCAGGCGACCCGCUUGAUGACCGGAGCAGGUAACAUUCUAAAGAAGCAUGCGGCGGACCAGGCUCGUAAAGCAGUGAGCAUGCAAGAGGUGCGCAGUGACACUGGAGAGAAUGACCCCAUUUCUAAGAUCUUUUUUGACCCUGCCUCUUACCAGUGCCUGGAAAACUGCGGAACUGUGGCGGUCAAUGUGGUUAGGCGGGGAGGCGAUCUCAACCAGACCGUGUCGGUGGAAUUCCGUACGGAAGAUGGAACCGCGAAUGCUGGCUCAGACUACGAAUUCACCGAAGGCACUGUCGUUUUCAAGCCAGGUGAGACGCAGAAGGAGAUCCGAGUUGGAAUUAUUGACGAUGACAUCUUUGAAGAGGACGAGAACUUCCUUAUCCACAUCAGCAAUGUCCGUGUGCUUCAUGAGGGUGAUGAGCCAGAGACCACAGAGGCCAAUCACGUGGACACCAUCGCAACACUCGGUGUGCCCUCCACAGCAAGCGUCACCAUCUUUGACGAUGACCAUGCUGGAAUCUUCACAUUCGAAGAGCCAGUCGCCCACGUUAGUGAGAGUGUGGGCGUCAUGGAAGUGAAGGUCCUGCGCACGUCUGGCGCCCGUGGGGUGGUGUCGGUGCCGUAUAAAACCGUUGAGGGAACUGCCCGUGGAGGAGGAGAGGACUUUGAAGACUCCCAUGGUGUUCUGGAGUUCCAGAACGACGAAAUCUUGAAGACGAUAGCAGUCAGGGUUCUCAAUCGAGAGGAAUACGAUAAGCAAUGCAGCUUUUGCGUAGAGCUACAGACGCCACUUUGGAGAAGGAGAGGAUGGACAGUAUACAGAGAGGUGGAGAAAGAGGCGGGGAAGGAAGAGGAGGAGCCUCUGACAGGGGAAGAUGAUGAGGAGCGACGCAUCGCUGAAAUGGGGAAGCCAAUGCUCGGGGAUCACCCCAAACUAGAGGUUAUCAUCGAGGAAUCUUAUGAAUUCAAGAACACUGUUGAUAAGCUGAUUAAAAAGACAAACUUGGCUCUUCUGGUUGGCACCAACAGCUGGAGGGACCAGUUUAUUGAGGCCAUCACAGUCAGUGCUGGUGAGGAUGAUGAUGAUGAAGAAUGCGGAGAGGAGAAGCUCCCCUCCUGCUUCGAUUACGUCAUGCAUUUCCUCACCGUCUUCUGGAAAGUUCUCUUCGCCUUCGUCCCGCCCACCGACUAUUGGAACGGGUGGGCAUGUUUCGUGGUGUCAAUCGUCAUGAUCGGCCUCCUGACGGCUUUCAUCGGAGAUCUAGCAUCCCACUUCGGCUGCACCAUUGGGCUCAAAGACUCCGUCACGGCCGUGGUGUUUGUUGCGCUGGGCACUUCAGUGCCAGACACCUUUGCCAGUAAAGUAGCAGCGACACAGGAUCAGUACGCCGACGCGUCCAUCGGAAACGUGACCGGCAGCAAUGCUGUGAACGUCUUCUUGGGCAUCGGAGUGGCCUGGUCCAUCGCCGCCAUCUACCACAACUCAAAGGGUCGCGAUUUCAAGGUGGAGCCGGGUAGCCUGGCCUUCUCCGUCACCCUCUUCACCAUUUUCGCCUUCAUCUGCGUGGCGGUGCUCAUGUACCGCCGCCGGCCCGACAUCGGCGGUGAGCUGGGGGGUCCGCGGACUGCGAAAGUGCUGACCACCAUGCUUUUCGUCAGCCUCUGGCUCCUCUACAUCCUGUUCUCCUCUCUUGAGGCUUACUGCCACAUCAAGGGCUUCUAAACACACACGUACACGCGCUCACACAUGCAUACACUCUCAGAACUACACACCUUCACACAGUGACACACACGUUCAUGCAUUCUGUGGAAAAUACACAAAGACUAAAGGUUCAAAUAAAGGGAAAAGACUAAAGAAGGCAACAGCGGUGGACUCGCUUUCGGGUUCAUGUGGAGAAUCGUUUUCCGCAGACCAUCGGCCUGUUGUUCUGUUCUCUCCACACGCCACUCCUUCAUCCUCUUCUUUCCUCUGUUUGUUGUGUGUGCUAAAUGACUGCAUCUGAUUGGACGGGGUUUGACCACAGUGUUCAAACAUUAAAUCUAGACUAUGAAAGCUACUAUUGCUACCUUUAACUACUGUAGUUGUGCUUUUUUAACCCAAACCAGUGUAAAAGCCACGUGGGACCGUGGAAUCUGUAAGCUCCCUUCAUAGUGCCAUGGAACUAAGGGUUAAUGUGGCUGUGUGUUAUAGGUUUGUUAUCUCAAUGUGGACCGAGCGGUAAAUUUACUUGGGUGAAUUUUCAGAGACACCACUUUAUGUGUUUACAGAUUAUGUAAUCUGAGCAGUCCUAACCGAAAGGGUUGAAAUUUUGCCUUUCGUUUACGGCUUGGGCAUCCUUCUAAACGGCUUUCGUCGUGUUCAAGAGCAGCUCUGUGUAACUUAUUGUUGUGAAGGCCAGUUUUUAAUCCAUCUCUUGCACCGGUGCAGUUCAUUUCAAUUUAGAAAGAGAAUAACAAUAAAGUCAGUGCAGUAUGCCAGCUCCAAUCUCUCCUGGCGCUAAAGCUUCAGAAACAAGAGCUGCACUGGUGCAAGACUUCGAUUCAAGCCUUGAUCUGACGUUCUCAAAGACCGUAAAGUGCUAUUUGAAUGAGCUCGGGUUAAGGAACAUCCUGAAUUCUCUAAUAUGAACAUACCGCGGUUCGUUAAAGAUUAGAUUAUUAAUUUAUGCAAUCAAUGGAAAGUAUGUGAGGUCAGUGUAGUGAGAUAAUCCAGCAUGUGACAUGCUUUUGCCAACAUCACAUUAAGAGUUUACAAUUAUGACUGUUACUUUCCGUCCAAACCAACGCGCAUACAUUUAUGGACACGCACUACGAGAAAAAAACGCAAAACCAGUGGCCAUAUUUUUGGUGAUUUUUGUUCUCGGACACAAUUAACAAGCAUGUAAAAUUGGAAGACUUUUGCUUAGUAACUUUGCUAAAUGCCUCAAUGUCCCAUACACUCAUCUGUCACUCAUCUAUGUGGAGUUUACGAGGGCACGCUUUCCCUCCAACCCUGCUGAGAUAACUUCUUUGUACUUUGUAGAUUCGCUGCAUACGGAGCUGUAAGGCAAAUCUCGUAGAGUAGUCACGAUUUUAGACGUAGGUCUAUUUUAAAAGCAGAAAUUGUAGAACUAAUCUGAAUUUGACUUUAAACUUCUUAUAGGAUAGCAUGGUCUAACACAAACAAACUGAAAAAAAAGGAGCUCGUUUUAAAUUUUCAAAACGCAAUUGCAGGAGUUUUUUCACUGUCCUUUCCAAAAGUUUGAUUUCCAAUGUUAGUGGAUCUAAGUGAAAAUAAAAUCACGCUUCCGGAGUAGAUCUGACGUAGAUAAUUGUGUAUUUUGCGCCAAAUUUGCCAAAGGGAAAAUCUUUGUAAUGGAGAACUGCAGUGUGCCACACAGCCCCUGAAGUGGGUUUUGUAUUUCGAAUCGUACAUUUUUUACCCACACCAAAAAAAAAAAAAAAAAAAUGUCCUUGCAAGGAUAAAGAGGCCUUGGUGACAUUUCUUAUAGGUGUUUGUACUGAAGGGAUCCAGCCUACAGCUCUUUUACUGCAUCUGAACACCUUUUCCUGUGACGAAAGAGCGUUUUUAACGGAAUUCUGUGUUGGGGGUUUGUAGUUUCAGUGGCUUGAUUUUGAAAGAGAAGAAAAAAAAUAGCUUGAAUAGCUGUUUAUCUUUUUCGUUGCGUGUGUUUUAUUUGGUUUUACAUUUCUAAUGAAAGGAAACAAUAUUGUACCAGCUUUAGGGCAUUUCUAUAGGAAACCUUCGCUUCGAUGAUGACCUUCAGUCCCUGGUGAAGAUGGUCCGCUGUUGCUUGCUAAUACUAAGAUCCACAAGAAAGACACUACAAACAAUGAAGGAAAAAAAACGACAUUGAUUAAAAAAAAAGACUUUUUCCUGAAGCCUAUUAUCUAUUUAACCAACCAAUAAACAAAUGAAGUUGGAGUCGGUGAAACCAUGUGAAUUACAGCCAUACCAAGUUCUGCCGUGAAGAUUUUCAAUGACUCGCCGUACGUGCUGCUCGCCGACCGCAGGUGCGUCUCUCCGAACGGGGCGUUCAAAGUGUACAUGGUCUGUCCGGUUUAUACUGUAUAUGUAUUUGCUUUGGCAGAGCAAGGGUCAGCAAUUGUACAUCUGUGCUCUGCAGUCUGUAAAUCAGGGUGUGGCUGUAUUGAAAACCCCCUCCCCUGUGUGUGUGAAACCUAGCCCCGCCCCCUUGUUUGCCAUGUCCAUAUUUGGAAUGUUAAUGUGCUUCGUGUUGACAAUGCAUGAAUGCUAACCUGUCUGUAUAUAGUACGCAGAAUCCCCUUCAUUAACGUAGUCGACAGAGGUUUGAAAGCAGUAUAGAUAUUCAGACUUUUGUUUCGUUUGCUUGUUCGGUUGGUUUUCCUGUCCGUAAGUUUCAUUUGAAUGUUUCUUUUUUUUUUUUUUUUACUUGCUCAUGUUUAUUAAAAAGGCAGUAUCUGUCGUUUGGUACAGGAGCACAUGUACAAACAAAGGAAGCAAUAUGUCAAGGAUGUUGCAGUGGAUGUAUUAUUUAACGGUAUGAGAUAUUUUGUCGUUGAAGCGUUCAGGUGUGUAUGUAUAUACUGUACAGUUGAAUGAAGGCAGAGUCACCGCUCUGCCAUUAUCACAGAGAGAAUACAAUGUAUUUAUUUGAGACCCUUAAGAACUUCAGAAUGACAAAUAUUGCCUUUUGGAUUGAUUGUUGCAUAGAGCUUGUUUUGUUCUUGUUUAUUUGCUGAGCAGUGUGUGUGUGUGUGUGAUAUCUGUAAGAAUUAAGGGAACAUAUCCGCCAUUUAUCUGCUCCGAGUCUGUAUAGCAUCUUGCAAAAAUCAGUGAACCAUCUGGAAAAUGUCUGUAAAACAUUAGGAGAAUGUGUGUGAAGUGUCAGGGUUUGCCUUGUGUAUGUCUUACAUUCCUAAACCCCUCUCUCUUCCUCACUGCUCAGAUGGUCUCUAGCCUUUCAGGGGUUUAAUACUAAUCUUUAAAUAAUAUUAUUUCCUCCCCUCCCAUUCUCUCUCUCCUCUAACUCUCCAAUCCAAGGCCUCACUUACAUCUUGCAUUAAUGUGUCCAGUGAAAUUCUGUAGGCUGUAUUUUGUAAACAAUGGCAGUCUAUGUGGUAUUCAUGAUCAAUGAGGAUAUGUGUAAAUGUCUACAUUUCACUUAUUUAUCAUGUAUAAAUUUAUAGCAUGUAUAAAGGUUUGCAAAUCCACUUAUACAGCAAAGAAUAUUGUUCUUAACUAGUCGUUUUGUCUUGUUUUCCAGUAGAAAUAUCUAAAAAUCCAUUAAACGAGAUACAUUUGCAUGUCUGAUAUAAGAGAAUAUCUAUAUCUCAAAUAAUCGUUUGUUGUUUCAAGCAUACACAAUUUAAAGAGGUUUAGCUUUCAGAAGAAGAGAAAAUAACAAUUGAAUAUUUAACAUGUCAAAUAGUGUUGAGGAUAUUUUUACAGGAAACAGGACAAAACAGAUUUUUUUUUUUUUUUUUUUUUUUUUGCAGUGUAAACAACAUGGCAGAAAGCUCUCAUGCCAAAGCAGGACUGAAUGUAUUGUUUGUAACGUAAUAGCAGAUGUAAAUGAAGGCUUCUCUUAUCUGUCUUGUAGAUUGGGGGCUCAAAUCAUUGUUUGUGUACAAGCCAACGCUGAGAGUCAUGUUAAUGCAAGUGUGUGUGGCCUUGUGGCAUAGUGUGUCUUACACAGUCCUCUUGUCAUGAGCUUGACUCUAUUUUCCUCCUCACGCUCUUUCUCUUCUCUCUUCUUUCUCACUUUUCGCUUUAUUUCACGCUGUUUUGUUUCAAUCGUUAGGUUGUUUUAAUUUCGAUCUGAAUAAUUAAAUAUGAGAUUUUUUUUGUUUGUUUUGAUUUAUUUUUGUGUUGCACUCAAUCUAAUAAGAUGGACGUCCACUAACUGUGAUUGCUCCCCUAGUACACCUCUACACAGGAAAUAAAGUUUGGGAUAUCCUGUUUAGAGCUAAA